ACUGCCAUAGAAUGGUAACUACAUUUCCCAGAAACCCUUUCUCCCUAUGACAGCCCCGAGGCGCCACUUGUGUGAGAGACAGUUGGGGUUAGCUAACGCCCGGUGACGGCUAGCCCGGCAGGAUGGGUGUAUCAGAUUUACACUUUGAUACGGACGCGGGACCUGUGGUGGAUCUUACAGCUCGGGGGAUGCACAAGCUGGAUCCCAGUUUCGUCUGUUCUGAAGACACCCACACUCUCAUCUUGGACCGCAAUAACAUCAUGAAGCUGGAUAGUCUGGAACGAAGCCCCAGCCUUCAGCAGCUAUCUGUAGCCAACAACCGUCUGGUCAGGAUGAUGGGGGUGUCUCAGCUCAUGCAGCUGAGGGUCCUCAAUCUGCCCAACAACAGCAUCGGCUACAUUGAAGGACUGCGUGAUUUACCUCAUCUGAAAUGGCUGAACCUUUCUGGAAACAACAUAAAGGUGAUUGAACAGCUGAACAGCUGCGUGUCUCUUCAACACCUGGACUUGUCUGACAACAGCAUAUCCACCAUUGGAGAUCUGACUAAACUGGUGGCAUUAAAGACCCUUCUGCUUCAUGGAAACAGCGUUACAACACUCCGCACUGUUCCCGCUCACCUGCCGGCGCACCUUUCCAUUCUGUCUCUGGCAGAAAACGAGAUCAGGGACCUUAAUGAGGUGUCGUACCUGGCAUCACUCCAUGAGCUGGAGCAGCUCUCCAUUAUGAGCAACCCCUGCGUUAUGGCGACUCCUUCCCUGCCAAGUUUUGACUAUCGGCCAUACAUCAUGAGCUGGUGUCUCAAUCUAAAAGUCCUGGAUGGCUAUGUGGUGACCCAAAAGGAAGGUCUGAAAGCAGAGUGGCUCUACAGUCAGGGUAAAGGCCGUUCGUUCCGUCCAGGGCAGCACGUCCAGCUGAGUCAGUAUUUGGCCACCGUUUGCCCUCUGACGGCAUCACCAGCUCUGGAGACGGCAGAAAACGCCAAACUAGAGAAGAUCCUCAGCAAGCAGAGGUUUCAUCAAAGGCAGCUGUUAGAGGAGACCCGGGGGGGCUGCCUCAGUCCUCCACGUCCUACUCAGCUUGACGUGGAGAGGCAUAGCCCUUCACAUCCACUAGGGGGCGAUCAAGAGGAGAAAGAAGGCCCCACACCAGGACCAGCCAAUCCUCCAUCCGUCUCUGAGAAGGAACCGGUGGUGCAGUUCAACACCUGGGUGAGCUGCGAUCCCGCUCAUGCUUCGCUGCCGGUGGUUCACAGCCAAAGGCUUGCAGAGGAACACGUUUAUUUGGAGGAUGUGCAGACAGACGAGGACAAACUCAACAGCAGCAUGCUGUCCUCCGAGUCCGUAUUUCUGCCCUUCACAUCAGACACAGACCUGCACACAACCCACACCGACACCGAAGACGAGACCGAGACGUUUGAGCCCGAUUCUCUGGCUCUGAAACGGCCGGCGCAGCCUAAGGCGCACAGGACACGCCAUUCUCCCACAGAGAAACCGGAGCAGACAACUGUAGAGAAAGAGGCCGGCGCCACCACUGCUGGAGUGCCGCUCGACGGUCCCGAGGCGUCCAUUGAAAGAGCCGAAAUAAAAGGAGAAGUGGGUUUGUUUUUGAGGAAAACAUCAGUGACAGAAGCAGACAGAGCAGCUGUUAGAAUCCAGUCCUGGUGGCGAGGACAACACACUCGAUGUUGUCACCCCGCGGCUAAAGAGGUGCGCGGGGAAAUCCGCCUGCGCAGGAUGCAAGAUCACAUCAUCUUCCUGACAGACAAAUUAGAAAAUGUGCAGAAGCAGCUUGAAGACGAGAGGCUGCAGAGGCUGGUGCAGGAGGAGGCCGUCAAGUUCCUGUGGAAAGAGCUCCAGUCCGUGCAGCAGUGGCAGCAGUCUGUGGAGCAGCUGCUAGCAGCCGUUAAACCAGCCACUCCUCAGAUUGCAUCUCCUGCACUCUGCAGUGCAGCUCCCCCCAUUGCUUCCAAAAGCCCAAACCCCCCCGGCACAGGGGUGUCCUUCCCAGACUCGGGUUUCCAGUCGACCAUCGACCAGCAGUCGGCGCAGGAGGACAGCUUCCUGAGCAGCGGCACGGCGGACUCUCUGAAGACGGUGCGAGCGCUGAGCCCUGCAGGCGCCGGCGUGGACAGCACAGACUGCAGCCUGCUGGAGCAGUACCUGUCCUCUGUGCAGCAGAGGGAGGAGGAGGAGGUGGAGGAGGAGAGGAGCCAGAACACAGAAACGCCUCCUCCUUCCUGUUCGGGGUCACCCGGCACGGCAGCCCCCACUACCCACCUCCCCACACAGAGGGAAACAAAAUCCCCCCCAGCUUCAUCUGAGAGCCCCGAGUCAGUGGUGGUGGGGGAACCCCCAUCUGACAAAGACCAACAGAGCCAGAACGUCUGAACCAGUGAAUAUAACUCUUUUAUACUUCCUUAAAAGUACGCACAUUUUCUUCAUUGUAAAUACAAUAAAGUGUAUUGUUAUUAAUAACUUCUGUAACGUAUGCAGGUUGAAGCUUCAAUCAAUAAAACAGGGAUUGUGUA